AUGGAGGAGAAACCGGCGGGGAGCUUUGCCGACUCGCCGGCGUCAUUUGAACCGACAACUUCAAGGCGCCGGGCUGGAGGGCACAAAAGGAAAGCAAAUUCACAUUCAAACUCUCUCUCUUCACCUCUACCAUCGAAACGGCUCACUCGCGAGAAAGCUGGAUUUUCUAAUCUCUCGAUCCAUAACGGUCCGUUGACUAGAGCGAGACAAAUCCCUAACAUCUUGGCUUCUUCGGCGCCUUCAGCAGGCGUGAAGAUCGAACAGAAGGUAGUUGCGGCGGUGCCGGAUGCCGCUGCGGUGGUGGAGGAGGAGAGGAGGAGUAGGGUGGAGGAAUUGCAAGCAGAAAUUGAAGCAGAGUUUGAGGUUAUUAGAUCUCGUGAUUCUAAUGCUCAUGUUGUGCCUAGUCAUUGUGGUUGGUUUUCAUGGACACAAAUUCACUCGCUUGAGGAGCGUUUGCUGCCUUCAUUCUUUAAUGGAAAGUCCCAAAGCCGGUCACCUGACACCUAUUUAGAUAUACGUAAUUGGAUUAUGAAGAAGUUUCAUGCAAAUCCAAACACUCUUAUUGAAGUGAAAGAUUUAUCAGAACUUGAAGUUUCAGACUCGGAAGCGAGGCAAGAGGUGUUAGAGUUCUUGGACUAUUGGGGAUUAAUUAACUUUCAUCCAUUACAAUUAGAUUCUGUUACAAACGCUGAUGGUGAUGGAGCAGCAAAGAAAGAUUUGUCACUUGAAAAGUUGUUUCGCUUUGAAGCCAUUCAAACAUGUCCACCUGUUGUUACUAAACCUAACUUCACAGCUCCAACUACACCAUCUAGAUUGUUUCCUGAGUCGGCAAUUGCUGAAGAGUUGGCUAAGCUUGAGGGGCCAUCUGUUGAGUACCACUGCAAUUCUUGUUCAGCUGAUUGCUCGCGCAAACGCUAUCAUUGCCAGAAGAAGGCAGAUUAUGAUUUAUGUGCCGAUUGCUUUAAUAAUAGAAAGUUUGGCUCAAACAUGUCCUCAUCAGAUUUUAUUCUCAUGGAGCCUGCUGAGGCUGCUGGUGUAAGUGGUGGAAAGUGGACAGAUCAAGAGACUCUACUUCUUCUUGAAGCAUUGGAACUCUAUAAAGAAAACUGGAAUGAGAUUGCAGAACAUGUUGCCACAAAAACGAAGGCUCAGUGUAUAUUGCACUUUGUUCAAAUGCCAAUUGAGGAUGCCUUUUUUGACUGCGCCAUUGAUAUGGAUGGUACUUCUAAAGAAACAGCAGAUGCUGAUGCAACAAAUGAUGAUACAUCUGCCCCUAAAGAUGUCCAUGAUACAAGUGAGAGCAAAACAGGUGCUGAUGAGGAUCAACACUUGACUGUGCCAAUGGAAGGUUCAAAACCAGAAGAUACGACUGGAGUAAAAGUUUCUCAGGGAGGUGAUGUGAUUAAUGGUCAGGAAACUUCAAAAUCUGAAUAUGUCAGUGGAGUGAAAGCUGGUGAGGAAAUGGGUGAAAAUGUUGCACUCAAGGCUCUUACAGAAGCAUUUGAAGCUGUUGGCUAUUCCCCAACUCCUGAAAACCGACUUUCAUUUUCUGAAGUUGGAAAUCCUGUCAUGGCUUUGGCUUUGUUUCUGGCAAGAUUGGUGGGACCUGAUGUUGCUACUGCUUCAGCCUGCAGUGCUUUGAAAUCCUUGUCUAGCAAUUCUCCUGGCAUGCAGCUGGCAUCAAGGCAUUGCUUUCUCCUGGAAGAUCCACCAGAUGAGAGAAAGAAACCAUCUUGCAGUGAUUGGUAUGUGAACUUUUACCGGAACUUAAUUUUCUUUGCAAUUCCUGAGAGAGAGAGAGGCCAGGGAGAGAGGGCGGCAGUUGUUUGA